GGUUGGGGACGUGGCCCACCUCCUCCUGAGCAUAUUUGGCGAAGACGAGCAAGAAGGUUCUGCAGACGAUUUCCUGGACAUCCUAGAUGCAGAGGCGGUAACAUUCCGAUGUUUGGCGAGAUACAAAACAUCAUCCAAACCGUUCUUAGAGAAGGCGGACAAUUCUUACCUAGAGUUCCAAGGCUCUUCAUUCGAGAUCCUUUGCAAGGUAUAAAUCCAGAUCUAGUCAAUGCAGCUAGAGAAUUCAUGUUCCCGAUGAACCUAUCCCAAUUCAGCAUCAAAUAUCAACUAUCUCAGAAUGUUUGCCGAAACUUCAAAUGUAUGGAACAGCCACCAGAUCAAAUAGCUUUCAAGGAGACUGUGGUCAAAAAGCUCUACGACUUCGAGAAGACGGUUACUGGAAAAGAUAAUACUGAUAAUAUCAAUCUUCGAUUAGACCGAACCAUGCAAGUGAAACAAGCGCUUCUAGAAAGGGCUAAUUUGUCAAAUGUGGUAACAGCUGAUAAUGGAGUUUUCGACAAAGAUGUGCUCUUAACCGAGAAGCAAGCUCAUUUCCUUCUCAACGAAUUAGGAAAAGGAGGUGUUGGUACAGAUGAGCCGCCGCCACCGCCUAGUGACGAUAGGAUUAAGAGAGCCUCAGUGUUCUUCGAGGAGAAUCCUGUGCAAAAAUGGGAUCCGAACACACCUGUACCAUACACAUUCGAUGAUACUCUAGCUGAAUACGAUAAAAACGACGUGCGCAGUGCGCUAAAAGAGAUCGAGCAAAAAUCGUGUCUACGUUUCCAAUAUGUGGAAAAACCUACGGGCUACCAUAUAAAUUAUAUAAAGAUCGAUAACCCAACCUUCUGCGGUCUUUCAUAUAUCGGAAGGACGGAGCCAGCUAAUCCAAUUUACCUAAGCUUUCAGUGUGGAACAGCUCGAGGAAUAGCCUUACAUGAAACGCUUCACGCUCUUGGUCUAAAUCAUCAACACUUGAGGAUGGACAGAGAUAAGCAUCUUACAAUCGACUGGAGCAAUAUCAACCCUCAGCAUUACGAUUAUUUCGUCGUCGCUGAUUCGAAAAUGUUUACAACUUAUGGAAUAAAGUAUGACUACGGUAGCAUCAUGCACUAUAACGCAUACACAGGAGCGGUAAACAUCGCGAAGCCAACGAUGAUACCAAAGGUCAAUCAAGAGCAAAACCUUGGACUCUUGGGACAACGAGAUGCAAUGAGCGCUGCUGAUGUUGCGAUAUUGAAUAAAAUGUAUUGUAUACCAAACUGCGAUGACACAAAUGUUUACUGCGGCGCAUGGGCUCUCAAGAAUUUGUGCAAUCAUCCAAAUCACGGCGGAUGGAUGAUGAAAAACUGCCGAAAAAGCUGUGAUUUCUGUAGUGCUGGUUGA